AAACCAAGUCUUACAUACUUCUGAGGUAAUCUGGAGAUAAUAAUCAACGCCAGAUAACCCUAUCAACAUAUUGAAUAUAAAUCAUGUCCGAAGAAUCGCAUCCACAGCACCGUCAUGGCUUCCUGGAUAGGGUGCUCCACCCGGGACGCUAUCACCACCAAAAGGAGGAGCAACACCAGGAGGAGCAACGCCAGGAUCAGCCCGAGUCUCAGGGCCAGGAGUCGCAGAAAAAGGAGGGUGAAUUGGACAAAUUCAAGGACUACAUCAAAAAAGACGAGGAGAUGGAAGAAGAGGGUGAUACUUAUGCUGGUUUGAUGUGACUUGUAUCAUGACAUAUGUUUUGUAAGUGAUUUUUGGUAGUUAUGUAUGCUAAAGAAGA